CUCUCUCUCAGCUCCGGCGCCCGGCAGGUAGCGCCAUUAUCAAAUCCCACGGUCUUCAUUUUCCCGGUGAGUCGUCCGGCGAUUUUUUUCUUUUCCCCGGCCUGGUGGUGGUGACUCGGGGGAACGAGUCGAUAUGCUGGAAAAGUGCAUCGGCCAGCAGCGGGUCCGCCGGAUCCAGCGCGCGGCGCGGCAGGCGAAAAUCACAUUCCUCUGCCUCUUCAUGACCGUCGUCGUCAUGCGCGGGAUGCUCGGCGCCGGCAAGUUCGGGACCCCGGCGCAGGACCUCGACGACCUGACGACUCACUUCUACGCGGCCAGGAAGCACGGGGAACCCCACCGCGUGCUCGUCGAGGCGCAGCCGGAGAACGAGAACGGGAGCGAGAACGAUCCGAAGAACUACGCGACGUUCGAUUUCAACAAGAUCUUGAAAGACGAAGGCGGCGAGGAAGAGAAGCCAGAUCCGAACAAGCCGUACACGCUGGGGCCGAAGAUUUCCGAUUGGGACGAACAGCGGGGCGAGUGGCUGAAGAGAAACCCUAAUUUCCCCAAUUUCAUCAGGGAGAACAAGCCGCGGGUGCUGCUGGUGACCGGAUCUUCCCCCAAGCCCUGCGAGAAUCCGGUCGGCGACCAUUACCUCCUGAAAUCGAUUAAGAACAAGAUCGAUUACUGCCGGCUCCACGGGAUCGAGAUCUUCUACAACAUGGCCCUGCUCGAUGCCGAAAUGGCCGGGUUUUGGGCCAAGCUGCCGUUGAUUAGGAAGCUGCUGCUUUCGCAUCCGGAGGUUGAGUUUCUGUGGUGGAUGGACAGUGAUGCGAUGUUCACCGACAUGGCGUUCGAGCUGCCGUGGGAGAGGUACAAGGAUGUGAAUCUGGUGAUGCACGGCUGGAACGAGAUGGUUUACGAUCAGAAGAACUGGAUUGGGUUGAACACAGGUAGCUUCCUGCUGAGAAAUAAUCAGUGGGCGUUGGAUCUUCUCGACGCCUGGGCGCCCAUGGGGCCUAAAGGGAAGAUUAGGGACGAAGCUGGGAAAAUCCUUACACGGGAGCUGAAAGGAAGACCUGUUUUCGAAGCAGACGAUCAGUCCGCCAUGGUUUAUCUGCUUGCCACGCAGAGGGAUACUUGGGGGAACAAGGUAUAUCUAGAGAGCGGGUACUAUUUGCACGGUUACUGGGGGAUUUUGGUUGAUAAGUACGAGGAAAUGAUCGAGAAUUAUCACCCGGGAUUCGGCGAUCAUCGAUGGCCAUUGGUGACCCAUUUCGUGGGUUGCAAGCCUUGUGGGAAAUUCGGCGAUUACCCGGUGGAGAAAUGCUUGAAGCAGAUGGAUCGUGCCUUCAAUUUCGGUGAUAAUCAGGUUCUGCAGAUAUAUGGGUUCACCCACAAAUCUCUGGCCAGUAGGAGAGUGAAGCGGGUUCGUAACGAGACGGGCAAUCCUCUCGAAGCGAAGGACGAUCUUGGGUUGAUGCACCCUGCUUUUAAAGCUGUGAAGGUAUCAACAUCAUCUUGAGUCGAUGAUUCUACAAUGUAAUUGCUUCUGUUUGUUCAGCUUGUGGUGGUAGUGGGAUGGCAAGGCAACAGAUCAAAAAGUUUAUUGUAUUCCCUUGUUCACACCUUUUGUGAUUCUUGUUUUGUUAAUUUAGUUCCAUAUCUUUUUUUGGGCCUUCCCCAAGGGGAUGUACCAAAAUUUUGGAAAGAAACAGUGGUGGGGAAAGUGAAAAGAACAGAGAUUUGUCAAUCUUACUGUUUGUUAGAAAGAGCUAUAGUGUAUGUGGAUGAGAUUGUUCCUCUCUGGUGUGUUGGAAAUUUGGAUUGUAGCUGUCUGC